CGGCUGCUCUCUCUCCUCUCCUUUCCCCUCCACCUCUCCUCCCUUGUUUUGACUUCCCCCCUUUCCUCCUGCGUGCGCUAGCUGCUGCUGCUCUCGUGCGCGCGAUUCCCGCAGCAUUUCGCCGGAGAUGACGUCGACGGCCUACUCCCGGCCGUCGAAGGUGCCGGGCGCCAACGGCAGCGAGCGCAGGCUGCCGCCGCGGCUGAUGAGGGGCCUCACCACCAAGAUCGAGCCCAAGAAGCUCGGCGUCGGCCUCCUCGCCGGCUGCUGCCUCGCGCUCCUCACCUACGUCUCGCUCGCCAAGCUCUUCGCGAUCUACUCCCCUGUGUUCGCCAGCACGGCCAACACGUCCGCCCUGAUGCACAACUCGCCGCCGUCCACCUCCUCCUCCUCCUCGUCGUCAUCCGUGCCGGAGACGGAAGCCAUUCCGCCCCAAGAAACUGUCGCUGGCGCCGGAAGCAACGACAACUCUGUGGAUCUUCCGGAGGACAAGUCGCUGGCGGGGGCGGAGCCUCAAGAACCCGGCUUCCCCACGGCGGAGUCCCAAGAGCCUGGCUUGCCGGCGGCACUCUCGAGGAAGGAGGGCGACGGGGAGAAGGCGGCGGCGGCCUCCGAGCUAAAGCAAACCGAGAAGAGCAGCAAUGGCGGCGCGGCGGCUGGUGGCGAUGCCAAGAUAAAGUGCGACGAGAACGGCGUGGACGAGGGCUUUCCGUACGCGCGGCCGGCGGUGUGCGAGCUGUACGGCGACGUCCGCGUCAGCCCGAAGCAGAAGACCAUGCACCUCGUCAACCCGUCCGGCGCCGGCGGCUUCGACGAGAACGGCGAGAAGCGGCUCCGGCCUUACGCCCGCAAGGACGACUUCCUCCUCCCGGGCGUCGUGGAGGUGACCGUGAAGUCCGUGCCCUCCGCGGCGGCGGCCCCCAAGUGCACAAAGCAGCACGCCGUUCCCGCCGUGGUGUUCUCCAUCGCCGGGUACACGGACAACUUCUUCCACGACAUGACGGACGCCAUGAUCCCGCUGUUCCUGACGACGGCGCACCUCAAGGGCGAGGUCCAGCUGCUCGUCACGAACUACAAGCCAUGGUGGGUGCAGAAGUACACGCCGCUGCUGCGCAAGCUCUCCAACUACGACGUCAUCAACUUCGACGAGGACGCCGGCGUGCACUGCUUCCCGCAGGGUUACCUCGGCCUGUACCGCGACCGCGACCUCAUCAUCUCCCCGCACCCGACCCGCAACCCUCGCAACUACACCAUGGUUGACUACAACCGCUUCCUCCGCGAGGCGCUGGAGCUGCGCCGCGACCGUCCCUCGGUGCUCGGCGAGGAGCCCGGCAUGCGGCCGCAGAUGCUGAUCAUCUCCCGCGCCGGCACGCGCAAGCUGCUGAACCUCGAGGAGGUGGCCGCGGCCGCGGCGGAGCUGGGGUUCAACGUGACGGUGGCGGAGGCCGGGGCCGACGUGCCGGCGUUCGCGGCGCUGGUGAACUCGGCGGACGUGCUGCUGGCCGUGCACGGCGCCGGGCUGACGAACCAGAUCUUCCUCCCGGCCGAGGCCGUGGUGGUGCAGAUCGUGCCGUGGGGGAACAUGGACUGGAUGGCGACCAACUUCUACGGCCAGCCGGCGAAGGACAUGCAGCUCCGGUACGUGGAGUACUACGUGGGCGAGGAGGAGACGAGCCUGAAGCACAAGUACUCGCGAGAGCACAUGGUGUUCAGGGACCCCAAGGCGCUCCAUGCGCAGGGAUGGCAGACGCUCGCCCAGACCAUCAUGAAGCAGGAUGUCGAGGUCAACCUCACCAAGUUCCGCCCAGUCCUGCUGCAGGCGCUCGACCGGCUGCAGCAGUAAAAUUCCGCCGCUGAUACUGCUGCUAGAAUGAGAGGAUGAGUACCAGUUGGUUGGACAGGAGGCGGCUUUCGCCUAUUGGUAAUUGGUUAUUUUGUCCUUUUGAUUUGUAACAAUUUGCAUAGGCAUUACACACGAAAAGAUGUCGAUUUUUUCUUUUGUUUUUCACUUCGCUCUGCCAAUCCAUUGGUUCUUUUCCACAAACAUACGGUGCCGAACUGUGUUUAAAUGGUUAGGCCUUUUGCGAUGGAAGAUGGAUCCAGAUCCGAAAGUAGUCUCAAACAUGUGCAAAAGUUCUCUAAUAAAAUGAAGCAGUUGUUGUGAAUCGAA